AUGCUGGACUCCUCAGAGAAAUCAAGGUGGGGAUACUUGAACCCGGAGGAUCUAGCCAAAUUCAACAAGAGACUGCUGGAGCCAAAACCAGGUCAUUUCCCAGCAAGCCUAACAGUCGAUUUGCAAAUUAGGAUGACCUGGAUGUAUAUCACAUUUGCUGGAAUAGUUGAAUACGCGUCAGAUCAUCUGGAAACUUUGACUGAAACUGAGCUUCAAUUAUUGGAACUGGCUUCGCAACGAGUGAAAGAUAUGGACCAGUUAAUCACAAAAGUAUGGGAUAUGCAAGCAUAUGGUCACAUAUGGAUGGGUCAUUUUCAAGGGCCGAAGGCAGCAUUGAAUAGAUUCCCACCAGAAUUCUAUAAGGAAAUCUUGGAUCGAUGGUGUCGUCUGCGAAAAGAAGUGAAGGAAGACGACAUCCAAGGCGUGAGAUAUCUAGAUGAAUGGAUGCAAAAUUUCACAAGACGUUACAGAACCCCCAAAACGGAGAUGCAAUGCUUUGACGUAUGGACGGCUAUCCAUGACGCUGGUGAUGAGUGUCACAAAGGGGAGGUAGUAGAGGCGUGGCGAAACGCGAUUAAUCAGUUUCGGCACGAUAAAGUAAAAAUCGGAAAAAUAGAGGAUGCUAUUGACGGGAUCGCUGCAAGACUUUCGUCGGAGAAGUUAAUGAUAAAGGAUGAGGCUAGUAGAUGCGGUUGGAACAGCAAGCAUAGUUUCAUGGUAGAAAAGAAAAGGAUGUUUAUCCACAAUUCGCACCUAAUGGUUGACUUACAACUGCGUCUCAAAAUGCGUGCUCACGGGGAACAAAAGGAAUUUACUUUGAGUGAUUUAGAAGCUUUAGCUAAAUUACGGGAGGAUUCGAUAACAGCAGGUUUGGCCGAAAAAGCGCCGAUGGGGCUUUCCGGAAAUCCAAUCAACAUUUGGUUUGACGAAGUUAUGUUUUACCUACCAUAUGAGCGAAUAUGCUCAGGGUUUAUAUUCAACUGGAUCCUAUAUUGUACAAAACUGGAUCAUAUUGAGUUUUCAAUCAUGUUUUGUAUGAGUUUUGGUAUUGUGGAGGAGGACACUAGGAAUUGGUUCACCGAUGACACAAGAAAGAAAAUCCCUUUAUUCAUUACCGAACUCAAAGGUUUCGUGAAGAGAAGGCGCAUGAAAAAGAAGAAGGGGAAGGGAGCUGCGGAGAAAGCUCUGUCAUUGGUUAGUGGUCAGAAUUCGAAUGGGGGGAAGGAGAAUAAUGAAGCACCAGAGGAGCUCGAGGUUUUGAGGAAUGACGAGCAAAAAGUGGAUGCAAUAAGCGAUCCCGGAAGAUCAGAUAACUCGGCUAGGGGAGCAAGCGAAGAUUCAGAAGCGAAGAAGGAAAAUUAUAAAGAUAUCACGGCUAAAGAUUACAAUGAGCCUGAGGAUACCGAGAAUAUUAUUGCUCAGACCUCCGGAGUGUUGAAAAAGAAACAGAUCUUGAGCAGGAUGAUGAGACCUCGGCAGAAAAUUAAUGGUUGUUUAAGGUCUCUAGAGGAGGAUAGUCAAUCUGAAAAUGGGGAUGGUGGUAGCACUAAUGCUAGCUCUCCUCCAAUAUCAGAAGAUAACUUUGAUCCUAUCUUGAAAUUAGAGACUGUCAUUGUUCAAGAGGGCUUGAACGAGGAGAUGAUCAGCAAAGGAUGCUCUCCCAUAAAGGGAGUUCAGCAUUUACCCAUAAAUCAUGAACAGGAAGAGAAUUAUCCACCUCUAGGGAGUGGGGAUAAUCCCCCAAUUGGAAGGAAAAGGCAAGAUGAUGGAGAAGGGGGGGGAGUAUUGGACCUAAUACCCGUGAAAGGAAUUGUGGAUCCAACACCUGUGAAAGAAGACGAUAUUCAACCUCUAUCACCAACGGGGACCGAUCACAAAGAACCCGAGACUGACAAUGCUAGUUGUAGCAAGGUUGUUGAUCAAGGGGAGACAAAGAUUCCGGAUGCCUCUGUAUCAGAAACGAACGGAGGUGACAUUUCCGGUGUGAGCCUGGGACAUCCAAUCGACUCAGCCAAUGAAGCACCUAAAUAUCUCUCCAAAGAAUCUGAGACUGACUAUGCUAGUUGUAGCAAGGUUGUUGAUCAAGGGGAGACAAAGAUUCCGGAUGCCUCUGUAUCAGAUACAAACGGAGAUGAAAUUUCCGGUGUGAGCCUAGAAUAUCCAACCUACUCAGCCAAUGAAGCACCCAAAAAUCUCUCCGGUGUUGGAACACCGAAAAAUAUCUAUGGUACUGGGAUGAUAGACGGAGUGCGAGAAGCUAGUCCAUCGUCGCCUGAAGAAAAGGACCAUAAAACGCCCGAUAUAAACAUAACCGAGGUCAAAACCAUAACACGUUCGGAGAUUAUGAGCGACCCUAUUGAUGUCGUGGAGUGUCGAGAAAAAUCGUUCAAAGGCAAGGAGACGGAUAUGUUGUCUCCAAGCGAGGACAUCAUCCAGGAUGUCACUGCCGAGAGCGAUGGAAUGAAGGCAUCUUCCGAGAGAAUACUCUUAAAGGAUGCCGGGAGUGCCCCUCAGAACACUCACGAGAACGAACAAGAGUAUAUCGGGAUUGUCGCUCAGAACCCUCCUGAUCCAAGGCAGAGGGAAGAAGAAUAUUUUGGUUAUAUUAUUUUGAGUGAAGAUGACAAUAAACCCCCUGAAUCCAGAACAGUACCGUUUGAGAGUCAAUAUCCACUGACGGGUACGGAAGCCAAGACACCUUCUCCUCUCACACAAGAGCUAAUAUAA